AGAGCAGCAGCAGGACCUGCUGGAGCAGCCUCAGGUAGCCUUGAAACCUGAGAAACCACCCAAAUCCUGAUCCUGGGGAGAGAAAACCCAUGGGGACUGGAAUGAGCAAGAUUGUCACCGGCCUCUACCUGGGGAAUAUUCGUGACUCUGAGGACCACGAGAAGCUGCAGAGCAAGGGGGUGACCCACAUCCUGUCCGUCCACAGCGGCGCCAAGCCCGUGCUGGAGGACAUGACCUAUCUGUGUAUCCCAGCCUCGGAUUCAUCCAGUCAAAACCUGCUGCAGCACUUCAAGGAGAGCAUCCAGUUCAUCCACGAGUGCCGGCUCGCAGGGGGAGGCUGCCUGGUGCACUGCCUGGCCGGGGUGUCCCGCAGCAGCACCCUGCUGGUGGCAUACCUGAUGACAGUGACAGAGCUGGGCUGGCAGAGCUGCCUGGCUGCCACCAGGGCCGUCCGCUCCUACGCCAGCCCCAACCCCGGCUUCCAGCAGCAGCUGCAGGAGUACGAGAGCACCCUGCUCCACGAGUACCGCGCCUGGAUCCGCCGGGAGUACGGCAGGAACCCCUUCCAGGACCAGGAGGAGCUGCAGCGCCUGCUGGGGCAGCAGCCUGGGCACAGGGAUUGAUCCUGGCUCUCCUCCUCAGCUCCUACCUCGUCCCCUCCGUGCCGUGCAGGUGGCACCGCUGGUGGCACUGACGGUGGCAGCAGGUGGAUGAGCAGAUAA